UCAGAUGAUGUUGGAUGUACCUACGUGGAGAAAGGUGGGAGAACUGAAAGAGACCUCCUGGAUUUGAGUGUUUGUACCAGAGAGAAAUUGACACAUGUGAGAGAUUGCAAAACAGGUUCUAGUGGAAUACCUCUGACACUGGUCACGAAUCUCUUUAACUUAGAUUUUCCUCAGAACUGGCAGUUAUGGCAGUAUCAUGUGACAUAUGUUCCAGACUUAGAGUCCAAAAGAUUGAGAAUCGCUUUGCUCUAUAGUCAUAAUGCGCUUUUCAACAAGGCAAAAGUAUUUGAUGGGGCUAUGCUUUUUCUGUCAGAAAAACUAGAAGAAAAGGUCACAGAACUGUCAACUGAGACUAAGAAGGGUGAGACCAUCAAGAUGAUUGUCACACUGACAAGGGAGCUGCCGUCUAGCUCGCCCGUGUGCACCCAGGUGUUCAACAUCAUCUUCAAAAAGAUUUUGAAAAAGUUAUCCAUGUACCAAAUUGGAAGAAACUACUAUAAUCCUUCAGAGCCAGUGGAAAUUUCCCAGCACAAACUGUCCCUUUGGCCUGGGUUUUCCGUUUCCAUCUCCCGGUUUGAAAGCAGCCUGCUGUUUAGUGCUGAUGUGUGUUAUAAAGUCCUUCGCAAUGAGACUGUUCUGGAACUCAUGACUGACCUCUAUCACAGAACGGGCCUGGCCACCUUUACCCAGGCAUGUGAGAAAGAGCUGUUGGGACUCAUCGUCCUUACAAGAUACAAUAACAAAACUUACCGCAUUGAUGACAUUGACUGGUCUGUGAAGCCCACACACACUUUUCAGAAGCGGAAUGGCACUGAAAUCACCUAUGUGGAUUAUUACAAGCAGCAAUAUGAUAUUACCUUAUCUGACCUAAAUCAGCCUGUGCUUGUUAGUCUGUUGAAAAGCAAGAGAAACGAUGAUCCUGAGGUUCGGAUUGCCCACCUGAUGCCUGAACUCUGCUUCCUAACAGGAAUGUCCAGACAGACAGUCUCUGAUUUCCGGGUCAUGAAGUCUCUGGCUGAAGUGAUGCACCUCAGUCCUUUGGACAGGCAGCAGCAGCUGGCCAGGCUUGCUGACGACAUCCAAAGAAACAAAGAUACACGUUAUGAACUGGAGAGCUGGGGGCUGCAUUUUGGAUGCCAGAAGUCUCUGACAGGCCGUGUUUUGCCUUCUGAAAAGAUAUUAAUGCAAGACCAAACAUUUCAACCAGCAUCUGCUGCUGAUUGGUUCAAGGAUAUUCGAACUUGUAGAGUUUUAAGUGCACCGUCUUUGACUAAAUGGCUGAUCAUAUGUAGUAACGGAGCUGAAAGUGUGAUUGAGAGCUUCCUCAGCUGCUUGAGACGAGUUGGAAGUUCCAUGGGAUUUAAUGUGGACUACCCCAAAAUCAUAAGAGUCCAAGACAGUCCAGCUUCAUUUCUUAGAGCUAUACAGCAACAUGUUGUCCCCAACAUUCAGUUGGUGAUGUGUAUUCUGUCUUCCAAUCAGAAGAGCUGCUAUGACCCCAUUAAAAAGUACCUGAGCUCAGACUGCCCGGUGCCGAGCCAGUGUGUGCUCACCCGGACUCUGAACAAACAGGGCAUGAUGAUGAGCAUCGCCACCAAAAUUGCCAUGCAGAUGACUUGCAAACUGGGAGGCGAGCUGUGGGCUGUGGAGAUUCCGCUAAAAUCCCUGAUGGUGGUGGGUAUUGAUGUCUGUAAAGACGCCCUGAACAAAGGAACGGCAGUGGUUGGAUUUGUGGCCAGCAGCAAUCCCGUAAUUACCAGGUGGUACUCCCGCUGUAUCCUUCAGAGAACAAUGACUGAUGUUGCAGAUUGCUUAAAAGUUUUCAUGAUCGGAGCUCUCAAGAAAUGGUACAAGCACAAUCACAGUUUGCCCACACGGGUAAUUGUGUACCGCGAUGGUGUGGGCGAUGGUCAGCUGAAAACACUUCUUGAAUAUGAAGUUCCACAGCUGGUGAGCAGUGUAGCAGAAUCCAGCUCAAAUGCCAGCCCCUCUCUUUGCCCAACCUCCAGACUGUCUGUGAUUGUGGUGAGGAAGAAAUGCGUGCCACGAUUCUUUAUGGAAAUGAACCACACUUUGCAGAACCCACCCUCUGGCACUAUCGUGGAUUCAGAAGCAACCCGUCCUGAUUGGUAUGACUUUUACUUGAUCAGCCAGAUGGCCCGUCAGGGAACUGUUAAUCCCACCUACUAUAAUGUCAUUUAUGAUGACAACGGCUUGAAGCCGGACCACAUGCAGAGGCUUACGUUCAAGCUGUGCCACCUGUACUACAACUGGUCGGGCUUGAUCAGUGUCCCAGCUCCUUGCCAGUACGCACGCAAGCUGACUUUCCUGGUGGCACAAAGCAUUCAUAAAGAGCCGAGUUUGGAACUGGCCGGUUCUCUCUUCUACCUGUGA